AUGUCGGCUCCGGGUCCGACAUGUCGUGAUGCUAAUAGCUUCAUGUUUCUGCGCUGCGAGGCAGGAGAGCUGGACGGAGACCUCGGCCUUGUCAUCCACUCUAAGUGUGAUUGUCAUGGACAGACUCUGGAGGAGGGUGGAGACUAUGAUUCCUCAAGCCACCACCAGGGGGAGUCAGGAAACAGCUCACGAGCAAACAUCCUGACGUUUAAACAGGAACUACUGACCAUCUCCAAUGUUGCUGUGGCAGAGUGCCCCCCCUCUCCGCCCCGCACCGCACCCCCCACCAUGAAGUCAGCUAACUUCUUUGACCAAAUGGAGCAGGUACCAGAGGCUGCAGAGAUGAAGACCGUCCCUCAGAGACAGAAGGACGACUACAUUCCUUAUCCCCGGAUUGAGGAGGUGUUGGAGAGGGGGGGGCCGUACCCUCAGGUGAUCCUGCCUGAGUUCGGAGGUUACUGGAUCGAGGAUGCUGAGGCUCCUCAGGCUGCGGGGGAGGAGGGGGGGGCGCUGGGAGGAACAGAGGAGCAUUAUGGGUACCGACUGGAGGAGAAGAGCGAGGCGGUGCGGGCGUACAGGAAGCACUUCUUAGGCCGGGAACAUCUCAACUUCUCAUGUUCGCUGAGCAUUCUGGGAAAUCUGCUGCUGUCAGUAAGACACGAGGAGGAGAGGGAGCAGGAGUACCUGCACGUUAUCAUCAGGUCUCGAGUGAAAAGUGUUUAUCAGAGACUGACGCUGACUGACCUGCCCGACAUCCCCAGUGUCCCAGAGCUGGCCAAGCUGUUGUGUGAUGAAGCCACAGAUCUGAGGUUCAGUCCCGUCCUCUACCCGAAGGCGUCGCAGCUGAUCUUAAACUAUGACGAGCACCAGGUCAACAACACGUUCAAGUUCGGAGUCAUUUUACAGAGAUUUGGUCAGGUGUCGGAGGAGGAGCUGUUCAGGAACACCGAGGAGACGUCAGCGUUCACAGAGUUCCUGCAGCUGCUCGGAGACACAGUGGAGCUGCAGGACUUCCAAGGGUUCCGGGGGGGUCUGGACGUGUCCCACGGACAGACGGGUUCUCAGUCCGUCUUCACCGUCCACAGACAACAGGAGAUCAUGUUCCACGUCUCCACCAAACUGCCUUUCACUGAGGGAGACGCACAACAGCUUCAGAGGAAACGCCACAUAGGCAAUGACAUCGUGGCGAUGGUGUUCCAAGAAGAAGCCACGCCGUUCGUCCCCGACAUGAUCGCGUCCAACUUCCUCCACGCCUUCGUCCUGGUGCAGGUGGACCCGCCCGGCGCCGGCAGCACCAGCUACAAGGUGUCCGUCACAGCACGAGAGGACGUCCCUCCCUUUGGCCCGCCCCUCCCGAGUCCGGCCAUCUUUAAGAAGGGUCCAGAGUUCAGAGAGUUUCUUCUCACUAAACUCAUCAACGCAGAGUUGGCCUGUUACAAGAGCGAGCGCUUCUCCCGCCUGGAGGAGCGUACUCGCGCCGCCCUGCUGGACAGCCUCCACGACGAGCUGCAGAGACGCUCCCAGAGCAUGCUGGGUAUUUCCUCAGACCUGGAGGAGGACGGUCGAGCUGACAACGGACCCCCCCACGGAGGCCUGCUGGAGUCCAUCAAGAGGGCGAUGCGAGGACGGAGCGUCUCCAUGGAAACGAUGUCGCGCGGCGCGGCGGGCCUGCCCACCAGUCUGAGUGGGGGGGGUCUGGCACACAUGAGCAUGGAGUGUAACGUCCGAUCUCCUGUGAAACGGCGCUCGGGGCUUUUCCCUCGUCUGCUGAGCAUCGACAGCCAAACAGAGAAGCACAACCAGCGGAGUGUCCUCAGCGAGCAGAGGAGCUUCGACAGCUGCCAGCCCAACCCGGGGGGGGGCUCCGAGCUGCCGUCCAAUCCCAGCUCUCCAGAGGCGGGACAACGGGACAGGAUUCACGUGAAGGAGAGCAGUCGAAUCUCCAGAUCAACGUCCAGCAGCUGCAGCUUCGCUCCGACUGCUGAAGACACCUCGAGACCUCUCAGCUGCAACACGCAGACUGCAGAAGGUCAAAGUUCAGGUCCCCUCAUUGUGUGUCACAGCCCAAUAGAGGUGAAAAACAAAAACUCUCCGAGAUCAAAUCUCAAGUUUCGAUUCGACAAGCUGAGCCACUCUGCUGCACAGGGACAUUAGACUGAGGAACCUCAGCAGUGAGUCUCAAGUGCUGAGUUUCCACAACAACAUGAAGGAGGAGGAGGAGGAGG